AUUCCCUCCACACCAACCUUAAGACUUUGUCGGGAAACAUAAUAUAUUCCUUGAGAAAUCAAGUAACAAAAAGCCUGUUCUCUGAAUCACAUUAUCCAACACCGACCGAACACUUUUAACCCGAAUCCACAUUCUAUUACAACCACAAAGAUGCCUCACCAAACCUCCACCAACGAUCUCAAGUCCGUCCUCGACAGCCGCCCUUGCGAGUUCAAGAUCAAGGCUGGUGGUGCAACAUGGAAGGCCGUCGUCCACUCUGACCGCGCCGCAUAUGACCGCGUCAAGGCCCAGCGCGUCAACUCUGCUGCGUCUGUGUCGUCAGGGAGCUCUAGUGGUGCCUCUUCCACCAAGUCGACAUAAAGCUAGUUUCUCGGCUCGUGUUCCAGAAAACUUGUCAGCAAUAUAGAGCUGGAGGCUUGGCGGUCUGAUCGCUAUAAGAUAUAGACUCGGGACGAAAAGAGACACGAACAAAUGAAGAAAGAAAGAAACAAGAAUGACGAGAUCUUGCAUGGCGCACGCGCCGGCGAGGCGUUGAAACGAAAGGAUAUUACUCUCUAGCUUGGCGUUUGUGCGAGAAAGCGGGUUGCAUCUUCCAAAUACCCGGGACUGUUUUUGUUUAUCAUAAAAGACUUUAUUUAUUUUUAUAUUACUCUUUACUUCUGCACCAUGUCAUCUUUCCUAUUGUCUGCACAAGAAGCGUCGAAUCAUCACGCCUGUGAGGGAUGGCUUCCAGGAAAGGAAAGACUGACAAAAGAAAUUGAUUAGAUAUGGAUUUGUUAGACACACCUAGCCCCUUUGCCCCUCCUGCAAAUCGAGGGCAUUGACUUUAGUCACCACGGACAGAUAUGGGGCUGUCGUGGUGAUCGUUAGCCAACGAACAGAUGAGUUGCGACCAGACAUGAGUCUAUCCAUUUUUACAGAGAAUUGAAGAUUUGCUCAACUUUCUCGACCUCGGCAGCAGCAUGACUGCAUUCAAACACCUGUGGAAUGACUUCUGCCCACCUCAUUCUUCCCAAAUACGAAAGGGC